CAGAAAGCAACCGUUUUUCCGGAACAUCUCCCGAAUUUGUUCUUAAUGCACGCUGUGAUGUGGAUGUGGGGCGCCAAUGUGAACUCACCGGGAAUUUCCCGUCAGUUUCAGCCACCGACAGCCUUCUCCGGUAACCUGAUACUGACCGUACGAACAGCUGGGCAUUUUAAAAGAGACUCCCUCGAUCGAUCUGGCGAUCUGGCCAAUCGUCCUUCUCUCGGACACUUACUCAUUCAUUGCAGACACAAUUUACGGAGAGAGAGAGAGAGAGCAAGUAAGCGAGCUUUAAAGGCGGCCAUUAAAUCUCGUUAAUGGAGCUCUGAAAACCUGUAAAUAAAAAAUGGCGGAGAAUGAGACUCGCGUUUGAAUUUUGAAAGCCUGAUAAAAAAAAGAGUUCAAAAGCUCUGCUUGUUCGAUUAGUGGAGGAAGUUGGAAUUUGCUGCGUUUCCUUCGAGUGGUGCUCGAUCGUUAGCAAGAAGUAGAAAAAGCAUGAGAGAUACGGUGAGGAAGAAAGACAUACCAAAUAAUAGCCACAGUAAAAGAUCCAUCCAAAGCUACAGGAGAGAACACAAAGUGCAUGAGAAUGGCUCCAAGAAGUUGAAUGCAAAAGAGGUUGAAUCUAGAAAACCGGAUACUAAGCUUGACUCCAAUAUCUCAGUCUGAAGAGACAGUUGCAGAUUUAAAAGCUGAUCAAAUGGUUGCAAAAGGGAACAAAUAUGAAAUGGAAGAUCAUUCUAGUGAUUUGGAAAAGGAUCCUAAGCAUGGAAAGGAGGAUGAAUCUGAUUCUGAGAUGGCAAAAGAUUCUGUAUCAUCUCAAGGGGAUAUACAGACAACAGAGGAUGACAAGGUAGAAAGAGUUUCAAGAGUUCCCAAGAAGCUUGCAAAAAAGGAAUCUUCUGAAAGCCGUCCUCAUUCAUCAACAAUUAGAAAAAAUCACCAGGAAACAAGUAAAUCACAAAAUGUUUCAAACAAUACUUCAAAGAGAUCUACAAAAUCCAGCCAAGGGUCUCCUAAGGUGAACUCUAAGGGCCUCUCAGAUAAUAAAAGUAAUAAUAUGAAAGUUCCUCCAAAACCUUCAUCGGAAUCAUCUGAAGGAGUUGAUGAUAAGGCUAUUGAUGAGGUAAAGGACAUAAACACCUUGGAUGAGGCACCCAGUGGUGCUCAUAGUAUUGGAAGUGAUGAUGAAACAGCUGGCACAGAAAAGAAUGGUUUGGAAGAACAGAGAGAAAUUGUGAAUCAUAAGAUUGAAGAGAUGGAGCAAAGAAUUGAGAAACUUGAAGAAGAACUGAGAGAAAUUGCUGCUCUUGAGAUUUCACUCUAUUCUGUUGUACCAGAGCAUGGGAGCUCCGCACAUAAGGUGCACACACCUGCUCGACGCCUUUCUAGGCUAUACAUUCAUGCUUGCAAGCAUUGGACUCAAGACAAGAGAGCCACUAUUGCAAGGAACACUGCCUCAGGGCUUGUACUGAUAGCCAAGUCCUGUGGUAAUGAUGUCUCAAGGUUAACCUUCUGGUUAUCAAAUACCAUUGUCCUAAGAGAGAUUAUAUCUCAAGCUUUUGGCAAUUCACACCACUCAAAUCCAAUUACAAGGUUUGUUGAAGCAAAUGGAGCAAAGAUAAGUGAAGGGAAGCCUUCAUCACUGAAGUGGAAGGCCAGUCCUGGUCCCAAGCAAGUGAAGAAACCUGGUUUCAUGCAAAUUGUUGAUGACUGGCAGGAGACAAGUACGUUCAUAAUGGCACUAGAGAAAGUUGAAUCCUGGAUUUUCUCUCGGAUUGUCGAGUCUGUGUGGUGGCAGACCUUAACUCCACACAUGCAGCCUCCAGUUGAAGAGAUGCACACCAACAAAAGCUUUGGAAAGCUGUUGGGGCCAGCCUUGGGUGAUCAGCAGCAGGGAAGUUUUUCAAUUAACCUUUGGAAAAGUGCUUUCCAGGACGCCUUCCAAAGAGUUUGUCCUGUUCGAGCAGAGGGGCAUGAAUGUGGUUGCUUGCCAGUACUAGCAAGAAUGGUAAUGGAACAGUGUGUGGCAAGACUUGAUGUUGCAAUGUUCAAUGCUAUUUUACGUGAGUCGGCCCAUGAGAUCCCGACCGAUCCUGUAUCUGACCCAAUUGUUGAUUCAAAGGUUCUGCCCAUUCCAGCUGGUGACUUGAGCUUUGGAUCUGGUGCACAACUGAAAAACUCUGUAGGUAAUUGGUCUAGAUGGCUUUCUGAUCUGUUUGGCAUGGAUGCUGAUGAUUCCGUAAAAGAUCAGGCCAGUGAUGAGGAUGAUUUCAGACGAGUUGGGGAUGCCGAACCCAAGUCCUUCUAUCUACUUAAUGCCUUGAGCGAUCUUUUAAUGCUCCCAAAGGACAUGCUUAUGGACAGAUCCAUCAGAAAAGAGGUAUGCCCUUCCAUUGGUCUUCCCUUGGUCAAGCGCAUACUCUGCAAUUUUACUCCCGAUGAGUUCUGCCCUGAUCCUGUCCCAGGGGCUGUCCUAGAGGCCUUGAAUGCUGAGAGUAUUGUGGAAUGGAGGUUAUCAAACGGAGACUCCAAUAGCAGCUUCCCAUAUAUUGCUUCUCCAGUGGUUUACACCCCUCCUACCCAGGCUGAUGUGGCUGAAAAAGUUGCCGAUGCCGGAGGAAAACCUCAACUAGGGAGAAAUGUAUCAGUCGUUCAGAGGAAAGGGUAUACGAGCGAUGAGGAAUUGGAUGAACUGGAUUCUCCACUGACAUGCAUCAUCGACAAAAUGCCACCAUCUCCCACCUUAGCAAAUGGUAAGAUGGGGAAUGGAAAUGGAAAACACAAGGAAACCACAGGUUAUGGUGGAGGUAAUGUGAGGUAUGAACUCCUCCGCGAAGUUUGGUCUACAUAAAUGUAUGUCCCAUUACUUCUUUACAAACAAAAGAAAACAAAAAAGAAAGAAAAAGAAAGUUAAAGGCAAAAAUAGAAGGCACAUAUUUGCAAAUAACUUAAGAGAAAGGGACAGGGAUUGAUUUUACAGUUGAAUUCAAUCGCAUUAAACUUGUCUUUCUCAAUUAUUGGAUCUCGGGAAUAAAAAUAAAAAGGAUAAAUUGCAUACAGAUAUCUUGUACUUUGGGGGUACCCUUAUUUUCGUGCCUGAAUUUUCAAAUGUAUGAGUGUACGACUGCUUACUAAACUUUCAGAAAUAUACAUUUAAGUCUAACUCUGUAAACUAUCCUCACUGUGAAGAUAAUAAAAUUAUGAAAAUUUCCA